ACAAACAUGCGUGUCUGUAAGACAGACGUAGUCAUUUAACAAACAGUCUCAGUUCACGAACCAUUCACAGUCUCAGCUUGAACAUCUGAAUGCAGCUGGUUGUGAUCAUCGGAAUCCGGAUGUGAUGAAAAUGUUUGAGCUCAAAGUUUCUCCAGCAGCAGCAGCUCGAGCGCGCGGGAGUCUCGCGCACAAACUCAUCAUUCAGCGUCUGCUUGACAGGGAUUUUUGUACUGUUUUUGGGAGGAAUCCGAUAGUUUUCACAGAAUUGUAAUCCUAAACAGACUAGUAAAGAAACCUUUUCUAACGGGACUUCGUUUUGCCUGAAGAAAGGAUGCGAAUAAUGGCGUUUGGGAGUUUACAUGUUUGAAAGGUUUGAGGGCUGAUUGCGUGGGGGAUUGUUGUUUUUUUGGGUGUGUUUAGUAUCUAAACAUCUGGCUCAUGUCCUCGGAGACUAUUUUGCCUCUGGAGGGGCCUGAAGGGCCAAAAAAGCAGCUACAAGAGGAGACAAACCCACUUCUGUCCAAAUCAACAGAUAAAUGCAACAGCUGCACUGAUGAAUCCUCAGAUGCUACAGAAAAAUCCCAAACUCCGAUACCAGGAGAUGCCACUUCAGACGGGCAGGAUCACAUGACCGAGAACCAAUCCCAUAAUGACCUUGUAAGAACUCAACCUCAGCCUCUGCCCCAACCAGCAACAUCGCUGCAACAUGGCAUCGACGGAGAGACUGCCAGACAGCAGAACGGUCUGCACACAGUGCUAGGUAACGGCCACGGCACACCCCGCGGGGUCACGCAGCCACCCUCUGCCGGUCCCACAUCUGAGUCCAGGAAGCACCCGUCACCUGUCUCGCACCGCAUGCAGAGAAAGCUUCGCUCUAGUCUGUCGGUCCACAGCGACAGCAGCAGAAGGAGCAAAAGCAGCUCUACGGGUUCCCAUAAACCCGGCUCAACUCCAGAGGACUGCUGUGUCCACUGCAUCCUGGCCUGCCUGUUUUGUGAAUUUCUCACUCUGUGCAAUAUGGUGGUGACUCAGGCAUCGUGCGGCACCUGCACGUCCGAAGCCUGUUGCUGCUGCUGCUGCGCAGACGACCUGGGAGAUGACUGCAACUGCCCUUGUGACAUGGACUGUGGCAUUAUGGAUGCAUGCUGUGAGUCCUCGGACUGCCUGGAGAUCUGCAUGGAGUGCUGCGGGAUCUGUUUCCCGACAUAAAAGCCCUGAUACAUGUGGGCCAAAGCCAGGACAGAUGUUAAGAGAGGGAGUGUGUUUGUGUCUGUGACUGUGUGAGUGAGAUCUAUGGAGUGUUUUCUAUUCACACUUCUGAAAAAUCUGUUCCUGAGCUCAAGAUGACCAUAAAGGGACUAAAAUACAUGACAUACUUUAAGUAUCCUCGUAGACUAAAAAAAUGCAUAAAAACAUAGAUAUUCAGUGCUUUAUAUUAAAUCCUUUAAUGUAUCAGAGCUUGUUCUAUUUACUGUUUUUACAUCUCUUUGCAAAUGUUUUUUGACAUUUUGUUUUUAAAGACACUUCACACUUUAUAAUUUUAAAAACUUGCAGAUGUUGAAAUUAAAACAGUAGACGUCACACAACUUGAGGUCGUGCUGCACAUCACUGUAAUUUGAGAGAAACGCAGCACUUUCACACUGUCAGAGGUCAAACCUUUGUGGGUGUUAACUGGGAUUCUUAUUUUGAACUGCUUCUGAAAAACAGGGAGGGCUGUUUAAAUGAUGCCAAAUUUCGUAGUCUUUAUUUAAACUGUCUACUGUAGCUCAUUUAAUUAAAUGUCCCUAAGUUCUUGAAACGACAUGAGCAGUUAGCUUGCUGUUGCUUUAAAGAAACACAGAUGAACUGGAUACACAGAAUAGUGUAGAAUGCAGAUGCCGAAAUCCACUUUAUGCAAGAUUUUUCGUAACUCUACAAGUUACGUGUAAACUUGACUUUUUGUUUUUCUUUAUUAAGCCUUUGCUAAAGAUAUCCUAUAAAAGCACCUUUUUGCUUUAGUACUUACGUGAAUACUAAAUACACUAUGGCAUAGUGUUAUUUUCCUUGACUGUUAAAUCAUACAUGUAGUUCAGAUUGCAUUGCCUAAGGCCUUCUUGUGAAUUGUACAAAGCUGGCAUUUGUCGCCAUUAUGUAAGCUAAUGUUAGCAUCACAACGUUAACACAGUUGGUUUUUUGUUCAUAGUGCGCAAUGCCUUCGGUACGCUGUGCGUUUGUGAUUCGUCUGACUCAUCUAGUAAGAACUGCUCAUGACAUAUUUGCCAAACUGCACUUCAGAACACCAAUGUGACUGAACUGACCUGAAACAUUCAACUGAACCCGGUUCAAAACAAACAACUUUACCUCUCUAGACUUUACCUCUCCAAAAUCAGACUAGUUCUUGUGUGUCUUUUGACGAGACUCACUUUAAAAACAACUUACAUAGACUGGCUUUUACACUGAAAAUAUGCAAAGUAUAAUUGAUUUAAGAUGCUUAAAGUUUGUUACUGUAAAGGCUUUUCAAAUUAAAGAGAUGCAUUUUAAUAGUAAGCAAACUAAAACUCGUGUCAUUUCCUUGAGGUUUUAAUCUCCAAAUUAAUUUGAAGGAAUUUCUUAUUUAUAUAUAUUGAAGAGAAAUUGAAAAAUGCACAUAAAUAGAUCAGUACAAAAAUCUAUACAUUGACAAAUAAACUGAUGUAAAAUCUCCCUGUUCAGAGCAAAACAACUAUUUAAUAAGUAAAGACUAAGAUGAAAAUAGGCAGUUAUUUAAAUUUAAUUGCAACACAAAUGUGUCUUCAAAUCUGUAGCUAAUUACAAUAUCAGAAGAGCAGACAAAAAUGUAAUAGUCUAUAAAAAAAAAAAUAAGCAAUCUUUUCACAUAUAAAAAUUCAGGUGCCAUAAUUAUGGAACUUAUUUUUUUUUUUAAGAAUGUGAAUAGAGCUUAGCAUUUUUUAUCUGUAUUCAUACUGUAUUCAGCCCAUUUUGAUGUUUGUGUUUUUCCUCUUUGUCCUCAAUUCACUUUUUAAAUGUUUUCAGUAUGUACCAAGGGUUGUUUUGUUAAUGGACCAUCAACAUUGCAAUUUUCUAAAAAUAAAAUGUUAAACUGGA